GCCCAGCUCAAACCUUGACUUCACAAGUGUCACGUGGCAACAACAAAUAUAUAUCAACUGCCUGCAAUCUGCCAACAAAAAAGAAAUCUUAUUCCAACUGGAGAGUGGAUAUCUUUCAACCCAGGACAGAGUUUACAAUUUGCACUUUUACUGAGAGAUGUUUCACCAUAUUGUUUCACUUUUGGUGGUUUUGGUGUCAGUGCAUCAUGCAUCCUUUACAUUUGCUCCUUCUUUGCAUGAUAUAUUAGAAAAGGAGACACAGAACCACACCAGGACAAGCUUUAUAGAUUUGGAGAAAUUACAGAAAAGGUCCAGCUAUGCUGUAAGGAGCUGCAAAGAGAUCAAGGACACAUAUGGUGAUCAAGAAGAUGGGUUGUACUACCUGACCACGGCUAAUGGAAUGGUCUACCAGACCUUCUGUGAUAUGACCACUGCAGGAGGCGGCUGGACGCUUGUGGCGAGCGUCCACGAAAACAGCAUUUAUGGAAGAUGCACUGUGGGUGACCGCUGGUCGAGCCAGCAGGGCAACAUUGCUGAUCUGCCAGAUGGAGAUGGGAACUGGUCCAACAGAAACACGUUUGGCACAGCAGAGGGGGCCACUUCAGAUGAUUUUAAGAAUCCAGGUUACUAUGAUAUAGUAGCAGAAGAUAUGUCUGUGUGGCACGUUCCCAACAACUUCCCCAUGGAGCACUGGAACGUGGGAGCCAUCCUCCGCUACCACACCAACAACCACUUCCUCAGGCUCUAUGGAGGGAGCCUCUUUGAGCUCUUCAAGCAAUAUCCAGUGAGAUACAACAUUGGCUCGUGCCAAAACAGAGGACCAGCUAUUCCUAUUGUGUAUGACCACGGAGACACAGAGUCCACCAGAAUGUUGUACGGACCCAACCCAAGAAGGGAGUUUGAACCAGGUUUUAUCACAUUCAGAGCAAUAAACAAUGAACGUGCAGCCAUGGCUAUCUGCUCUGGGAUCAAACCAGUCGUUGGAUGCAACACUGAACACUACUGUAUAGGAGGAGGUGGAUAUUUCCACCCUGAUCAGUGUGGGGACUUCCCAUCGUUUGACUGGGACAGACUGGGUAGGGAGCAGGGCUGGAGCGCUUCCAAAGAGAUGACCGAGGCUGCUGUCUUGCUGUUUUACCGCUGAAAGGAUUAUUUGCAUACGUAGCUCAUAACUGCACAUCUUGUCAGUCUAAUGUCACAACCGGACCUGAAAUCAGUGACUAAAAAAGGGAAAUACAUACUUGUAGCCACUGAAAGCUCAGUUCAGAUUUAUUUGCAUUGCUCUUAAUGACGUCAUACAUUGAGAACAUGAGAACCAUACUUGUGCCUCUGACGUGUUGUUGGCCUUGAAUAACACAGUGAAUAUUUGCUUGUAAUUAAGCAGCACUCCAACAGAUGGAGUUAUGGAGCUUUAUAUUCAAAUAACUAUGCUGGCAUUUUGAUUUUUCUUUUGAGAUGUUUUUUAUGCCUCCCGGCCUUGUUGGAAGGUAUUUGAGUUCUAGGUAGUUUUUUGUUUGUUUGUUUUUUUUGUCUCCUUUUGUUUUUAGCUGCUCAGCUCAUUUAUCAGCUUUAGUAUCGUCUCUGUCCAAUGAUACGCUCAUUCAGAACACCCUGCUGAUGCUUACGUCUGUGUAUCUGAUCCCUGUCAUCCUGUGUUAUCCUGUGUGCCAUCCGCCCUCCCAUAAACUGCCCACAUCGACCUUAACUGUGACAGGCAGACUGUCAGCUUAGAAGUGAAGGUGUUUCAGAGGGCACCUUGCUGGGAGCUGUCCUGUUGGCUGCUGUUACAGUUAGUUUUGACAGUGAAGGUUAGAUUGAUGUUAGAGAUACAUAUUAAAGGUUGCACAUACAUAUACAUAUUGACUUUUAUCAUACAUUAGCUAUGGUCUCAUUCAAGUUUGGCAUGAUGAAAUUUCCAUCCAGACAUGUGACAGAGUACAUUUUCUUUGUUAUGUUAUUUCUGUUAUAGUCUUUGUAUUUCACUUUGUGUUUCUAAAUGUCUGAGAUACCCUGAUGGUCUGUAUACAGUUGUGGAAGUUGACUAACUUCUCUUGAAAACAGUAAAUUCUUACAAUUAUGGACAAAAAUACACAAGUAUGUUUUUAUGUAUAUAAUAAAAACUUUAAAGGAUAA